UUUGUUGAAACAGUUAUGGCUGCUGCUUCCAUUGCCAAUAUCGUGAAGAGUUCUCUGGGCCCAGUUGGUUUGGAUAAAAUGUUGGUGGAUGACAUUGGUGAUGUGACCAUUACUAAUGAUGGUGCAACUAUUCUGAAGUUGCUGGAGGUAGAGCAUCCUGCUGCAAAGGUUUUGUGUGAACUAGCAGAACUACAAGACAAAGAAGUUGGAGAUGGAACCACCUCUGUGGUAAUUAUUGCUGCAGAACUUUUGAAAAAUGCAGAUGAGUUGGUUAAACAGAAAAUUCAUCCCACGUCUGUCAUUAGCGGAUAUCGUCUUGCUUGCAAGGAGGCAGUUCGUUACAUCAAUGAGAAUCUGGUUAUUAACUCAGAUGAGCUGGGCAGGGAUUGCCUUAUUAAUUCAGCUAAAACAUCAAUGUCUUCCAAAAUCAUAGGAAUUGACAGUGAUUUCUUUGCCAACAUGGUAGUGGAUGCUGCACUUGCAGUGAAAUACACAGAUCAAAAGGGCCAAGCGCAUUAUCCCAUCAACUCUAUUAAUGUUUUGAAGGCACAUGGUCGCAGUCAGAAAGAGAGCAUCCUUGUAAAUGGCUACGCGUUGAACUGUGUCGUGGGUUCCCAAAGCAUGCCCAAAAGAGUAGUUAAUGCAAAGAUUGCAUGUCUUGACUUUAGCCUACAAAAGGCUAAAAUGAAGCUUGGUGUUCAAGUGGUGGUCACAGAUCCAGAGAAACUGGACCAGAUUAGACAGAGAGAGGCUGACAUUACUAAAGAGAAAAUACAGAAGAUCCUAGUUACAGGCGCAAAUGUUAUUCUAACCACUGGUGGCAUUGAUGAUAUGUGUCUGAAAUACUUUGGGGAUGCUGGUGCCAUGGCAGUACGCAGAGUUCUAAAAAGAGACCUUAAACGCAUUGCUAAGGCUUCUGGAGCUACUGUUUGUUCUACUCUGGCAAAUUUGGAAGGUGAAGAAACUUUUGAAGCAUCAUUUCUGGGACAAGCAGAAGAGGUGGUUCAAGAAAGAAUUUGCGAUGAUGAAUUGAUCUUAAUCAAGAAUACGAAGGCACGGACGUCAGCCGCCAUUAUAUUACGAGGAGCAAACGAUUUCAUGUGUGAUGAAAUGGAGCGAUCCUUGCAUGAUGCUCUUUGUGUUGUCAAAAGAGUACUAGAGUCCAAAUCUGUGGUUCCAGGAGGUGGUGCAGUUGAGGCAGCACUUUCCAUUUACCUAGAAAAUUAUGCAACUAGCAUGGGAUCACGUGAACAGCUUGCUAUUGCAGAAUUUGCAAGAUCUCUCCUAGUUAUUCCAAAUACUUUAGCAGUCAAUGCUGCUCAAGAUGCCAUAGAUCUUGUUGCAAAACUCAGGGCGUUUCACAAUGAAGCUCAAGUGAAUCCAGAACGCAAAAAUCUGAAAUGGAUUGGCCUUGAUUUAAUCAAUGGGAAGCCACGUGACAAUAAGCAGGCUGGUGUAUAUGAGCCUACUGUGGUGAAAACGAAGAGUUUGAAGUUUGCAACAGAAGCUGCAAUUACUAUUCUUCGAAUUGAUGACCUGAUUAAACUGCAACCUGAAAGUAAAGGUGGUAAAGGAGGAUGCUACGAAGAUGCAGUACAUUCUGGAGCAAUUGAAGAUUAAAUGGGUUUUUAUUUAACAAUUCCUAUAAAAUUCUUUCUAGUCCUGUAUUUACUAGUGUAUGUUCAUAAAACAAGCUGUCAGAUUCCUGCUUCACUAGGAAAUAAAUGAAAAAUGACCACAUUUUAUAUUCUACUCAGUAUUCUAAUAUAAAAUAAAGGGGUUGGAGAAAGCUUCUUGAAGGUUCAUAAAGCUAGGUGUGAUCAUAAUUCUGGUACUCUUCAAUAAGAGGAGUCAUUCUGUUCAUAUCCAGUGCUACCUGAUGUAUACACACACACACACAGGGGUAUGGCUGUUGCCUUGUGCUGAGGUAUUGGGGAGAGAAAACAACAACACAUCAGAUGCGUGCUGCCUUUGUCUCCCCAAAUUCCAUUGUGGAAUGAGAGACUAAUUCUACCCUUUUAAGAGUUCUUUGAGGGUGAUAACACUGGCUGGCUACUGGCUUAAGAGAAAGUUUGUUGAUCCCUUGUAGCAGAAGGAUCUACUUUACAGUCAAGAAAUGUUUGUGUAGUGAUGGGAAUCCUAGAGAUUACCCUGGUCAGAGAAAUUUAGGGGAGAAGAGGCAAGGCCUUGUUUUUUUAUAGUGGAAGAAGGAUCCACUGCUUUAAAAACACACACACUGAUACAGCUGAACUGACUGCUGAAACCAUUCAGAGAGGUACCAGUAGAAUAGAUCUUGCCGUGCAACUAUUAUUUCUGUAAAGCUGUUAAUUAAAAUUGACAAACUGACUUUAUUACCAAUAAAGAUAAACCAUGCCAGAAAUUGGUACAGAAGGAAAA